UCAACACGCAUACUCACACUGCUGACCUGAGCUGGCUGCGUGCUGCAUGUGUGUGCAUGCGUGCGUGCGUGCGCGCAUCACAGGGAAUGUGAGCGGUCCCCAGAAAGCAGCAGCAGGAUGGAGGGUCUCAAGGAGAAUCUGGGAACUUUGGAUUGACGCCCGGGAAUAACGCACGGUCGGGCCGAGCCUCAUCGGGUUUCUCGUGGAUUUAUAGAUUUGGAUGUUGUCUGUUUUCACCUUUUCCUUCUAGGCAUCAGGGAUUUCUACUUGGCUUGCGAGCUUUAUCAUUUUGGCGGACAAAAUGCCAUUCGCCAAAAGGAUUGUGGAGCCGCAGCUUCUUUGCAGACACCAAAUCCCUAACGAUGAAGGUCUGCUUUUCGAGGACCUGUGUGCCAUCAGCAACGUGGUUCUUUCCCGGACCUUGCGACAGCUGUCCGACCUGGCUCGGCAUGCCUGCUCCCUAUUUCAGGAGCUGGAGAACGACAUCAUAUGCACCAACCAGCGAGUCUGGCAUCUCCAGAAAAAAAUAGGCCAGAUACAACAGACUGCCAGUGCCCUGGACCCCAAAAAAGAGGCAGUGCCUGUGUCAAACCUGGAAAUCGAGAGCAAGCUUUCAGCUCACUAUCAGGCUCCUCUUCACCAGCAACACAACAUGUUCCAUCCUUCUACCAGACCGAUGUGUCUUGAGGAGCUACACAAAAAUGCUCAGUUCAGACUCCGAGCGCUGCAUCAAGAUGAACAGCUUCAUCAGCGGUCCUCGAGUCGGGAAAGGAACAGGAUGACCAUCUCUCUCUCAGUGGCACCCCCCAUGCCAUCGUUUCCCUCGCCUCACACCAUCCGCCGACAACAGAGGAGUCGCUUGGCAAGAGCGCAAGAGAGAGCAGAGAGGGAAUGGGAGUUGGACUAUCAACCUGGGAAGGAGACAACUGUGAGAGAAACAGAGAUUCAGGCUAUACAGAGAAAAGAGAGACCAUACAGAGUGGCAGAUAUCCAAGGAAAGCUUGAGUGCUUUUACUCACUUGACACUAUUGAAGGUUGCAUCUUCAUUCCAUGGAGUAGAAAGGCUACCUCAGCAGAAGAAGAGGAGAUUGAUGAGGUUCUGGAGGGCCACAGAGAAAAGGCCCCAGCUCUUAGUGAUCCCAAUCACCAGGAGAAACAGACCAACUGGUCAAAGGAAAACAUCCCACCUCCAAAACAGAAGACAGCUGUGGAUUUGAAUGCUGUCUCUUCAUGUAUCAUCCCCAUCAAUGUUACAGGAGUUGGUUUCGAUAGAGAGGCCAGUGCCCGUUGCUCUCUGGUCCACUCUCAGUCAGUUCUUCAGAGGAGAAGGAAGCUUAGAAGGAGGAAGACGAUCACUGGAAUACCUAAACGCGUACAACAGGACUUGGACUCAGAUGAAUCCCCUGUUGCAAAGGAGCGCACAGUGAUCAUCCACGCCAACCCACAUCAACUCUCCCUCUGUCAGGAAGACAUCUCAAUAGGUGGCCGUCUUCAUCACACUCGUGACUCUGGGUGCCAGACAGAUGAUUUUCUCAUAGCAUGCACGGCUGCUCCUUCCAGACGACGUAUUAGAGCCCAGCGAGGACAUCAGGGAAUCCCUGCUUCUCUGUCCCAUUCAACAGGAAACAUUUCCUCCUUGGGUGACCAGUCAGACUCUACAUACACUUCAGCCUCAGUACAUGGGGGGCGCUUACGCUCACGCAGUCUUCCACGAGAGGGUGGGCGUCUAAUAGACAGCGAUGAUGAUGAUGACGAUGACGACGAUGAUGACAAUUAUGACGAUGAUGAUGACGAUGAAGACUUGUCACCUUAUGAAGCAGAAGACUUUAUUCCAUCUGGGCCAAGUCCAAGAAUGAAGAUGAUGAUGAUGAAAGAUGAAGAAGAGAGUACAGAUGAUCAGGCGGCUCCUGAGCCGCUGCAGAUUGGAAGCCUAAAACGCCAGCAGCGAUCGGGUGACAGAGACAGAGGGUGUGGGGGAGGAGGAAGCCCAGAACACAGCUGGAUGGAGAGGGGCCGUUCUCGCUUGCCCCGGAAAGCCGACAUGGGUAGCUGUGAAAUUUCAUCCAGUUCUGAUACUUUCAGCAGUCCAAUUCACUCUGUGUCUACUACAGGAGUUUUAGGCAGUCAUGUGGACCACAAGGAAGACCAUCAGUCAUCCAGUGGAAACUGGAGUGGUUCCAGUUCCACAUGUCCAUCACAAACAUCUGAAACAAUCCCUCCACCUUCUUCUCCACCCCUUACAGGAUCAUCCCACUGUGAUUCUGAGUUGUCACUGAACACAGUGCCCAAUGCCAUUGAUGAGGGUUUCUCACUUGAUCCCUCAUACCACACUGACCUCAGACCCCAGGGCCAGGGCCACAGAUCCAGCUCGUUUACAUCCUCAGCCACAGAUCAGCUUGAUGAUGCAGGGGUCAGUACAGCCAGUGAGGGGGAGUGGACAUACCCUGCAGAACAAGACCAGGUUGACCCGGACCAAGACUCUGAUCAGACUCACAUCUUGACUCCAAGCCACGGAACAGUUCAGGAUUACAGUUUGAAACAACACCUGGACAAUGAAACUACUUUUAAUGAAAAAGCAAACAGUAUGGAAAAAGAGCCUGGAUCACAAUACCCAUCUGAUCCGCAUUACUUCUACUCAUCCUCUGUCAAUUUUGGAGAGAGUGAACAGAGUUUCAGAGGAUACACGUAUAACUAUGCAGACCCAGGGGCUGAUUGUGGUCAGUCCAACAUAAUUGCAGCACCUUUGUCCCAUGGAGGGUACCCCCAGCCAACAGCUGAGUUCAGAGCAGGCACGAUGACUUUAGGGAGGACUUUUCGUCCGCUCAGGAAACUGAAGGUCAAACCUCCACCACCCAAACGAACUUCCUCGUUGAGGGAAACAAGUAGUAGGGUUGAUAUUGGAACUGACACGCAAGCAGAUCAGGAUCCACCAAAGAUGGUAUGUGAACAAGAACUUAAUCUGUCUUCCACAGACAUGAAGCUGGAACUGGAGCUGGAGCUUGGAGGUGCCCCAGAACCUUUACAGACAUCAUGUUUAGGGGCAGAGCCUAUGGGCACUUGGGGCAUGGGACUGAGCCAAACCAUGGACCUUGUAGAGCCAAUGUCCUUCAGUUCUGCAGAUACACACUCAUUUAAAGAUGAAGGUGCUGUGCAGUCUGACUAUGCAGACCUGUGGCUUCACAACAGUGAGCUGAAAUCCAGCAAUGGCGAGCACACGUCAAUGUCCAACUCUAGUACAGCUACUGGAACCACUGUCAUGGAUUGUAUGAAGUCUCCAGAUAGCUCGUCCUCCUCAACAGACACACAGAUCCAGCCAAUUGUCCAGCCUACAGAGACCAAGACUACUAGUCCAACCGUUCAACCUGGAGACUUCAAACUUGGAUCACCUGAGAAACUAGCUGGUCUUGCCUCACCAUCAAGUGGCUAUUCCAGCCAAUCGGAGACCCCUACGUCAACUUUGCCCUCCUCUUCGGCAGCCUUCUUCCCAGGUCCACUGUCUCCGUCAACUGGUAAGCGAAAGCCCAAAGUGCCAGAAAGGAAGUCAUCACUCUCUUCCUUGCAACACUUCCCUAGAGAUGUAGCUACCAUCUCGUCUUGCUAUAAGAGAGACCCAGACUUUCCACCACCACCGUCCCAACUUGACCUUAAUGUUCUUCAUGGUAGCUAUGUCAGACACACUCUCUCUCAUCGGACUCAUCACGUACACACACUUCAUCAUAGCAAACACAGAGUUACAAAUGCUUUAACCACUGCAACAAAGAUGUUGACCCCAGACACAGCAAAUAGCAACCUACUGCCAAGUUCAAGUUUUGCUACAGAAAAACCAAGUUCAAAUCUGUUAGCCCCACCUGGUCCCCGUUCAGUGGAACAUCAUUCAAGUAACCAGUCUAAAGAUCAACAGAGUACUUUUACAAUGCAACAGGAAACAGCAGUAGAGACUGUGACAAGACCCAAAUGUCCUCCCAUUAGUUCCACUUUGGCUCCUCCACCUGUUAACACAAGGCCUCUCCCACCUCGUAGGCCACCUCCAAGACCGCCAUGCCAUUAUCACAGUUCCUCUCCUGAACAUUCACAACCCCCUCCACCUGGCCGUCACCCUGAUGGACCUCCUUCCUACGAAAGCCUGCUACUUAGACAGGACCGCUAUGGACCUGGAACAUUUUGGGCUAUGACAGGCUUCAGGACUCGGAUAGAUCCCCCAUCAGAUCUCUCUGAGGACAGCUCACCUCUACAUAGACCGGUACCACGUGCUCCUCACCCUUCACCAGUGGAUCUACAUACUCAUAUCCACGCUCACACAGAAUUUAGGGGGCUUAACAAUUCAGCGAAUGCACAGUCAGAGUUUAGGAUAUUAGGGGAGCGCUCAUUCUCACAAGAUGAGGAUGAAGAUGAAGAAGAAGAGGAAGAAGAGGAAGAGCAGGUAAAAGAACCAACAAGAGCUGCAUGUUCUAGAGUGAGCAUGCGAUCUGAUCAUCCUCCACCUCCAGCAUAUGAAUUUGCUGGGAGCUCUUACUCAGACUCAGGGCCAUGGGCUAGUCCAGUCAAAGUGCCUGAUAACUCAAUAGAAACAUUGCAUCCUAACAUAAUCUGCAAUGUUAAGAAAAAAGGACAUGAGCUGCAGGAAGCAGAGGAGCAAAUGAUAUCAGGUGCAACCAGAAGUGCCCAUCAGCAGCAUCCAAUGGAGACUAAAGAUGACUCUACUACCCCAGACACCGAAGACUACUUCAGUAAAGAUUCCACACCCAGUGAUAAUUCACUCUCCCCUCUGAUGGACGACACCAAAGUGGACGAGGACAUUAUCAUUACAUCACCCAACAAAAGCCGAACAACUGAGGAUCUGUUUGCCAUGAUACACAGAUCCAAGAGAAAAGUUCUAGGUCGGAAAGAUUCAGGAGACCUGAAUGUGAAAUCUCGUCUUUGCCCCACAGCACCAGUGAACCCCAACAAUGUCUGCACUGGUGUUGUUCCUCCAGCCCCUCCGCUCAACUUUCAAGCUAAUAUAGCCAAUGCUGUUGGGUCACAACGGGCUCCUGUGCCAAUCUAUCGCAGUGCUAAGAAAUCAAACACAUCCAAUGAGGAGUUUAAACUUCUUUUGCUGAAGAAAGGAAGCAGGUCAGAUUCUAGCUACCGCAUGUCUGCUAUAGAGAUCCUGAAGAGUCCUAUCACCCCUAAAACACCAGGCGAGUCCUUCCAGGAAGGGCCUGUUAAACAGGCUGAGGAGUCAUCAUCUAUUUUUCCAGAGCCUCCCAUUUCUGGCCUGGAUCCAAUUCAGAUACCCGGUCUUUUUCCAAGGGCCAACUCUGAGAGUUUCACCCCAAAAACUGUGUCUAUGUCAGCUGCAUCUCGACAAGGACGUUCUCGGAUUCCCCCGGUUGCCAACAGCAGUCGCUACAGUACACGCAGUCGCCUAUACACAGCCCCGAUGCAAGCCAUUUCUGAGGGGGAGACGGAAAACUCAGAUGGGAGUCCCCAUGAUGACAGAUCUUCUUAAAUCAACCUUACAACAGAUACUGUAAUUUCUCAGCCUAGUUGUAAUGUAAAUUAAUACCUGAAAAAUACAAAAUUAGAUUGUUACUGAAAUGUACCAACAUUAUAUACUGAUGCUGUUCUGUUCAGUGAUACUGAAUGAUAAAAGGAUGAUAAGGGGACAAAUUGAGAAAAUACUUUAGUAUUGUGCCAUAUUUGAAAGGUUGCUCCGCCUAAAAUUUAAAUCUGUUUUCAUGUGAUCUAAAAAAAUGUCCCAAAUGUGUGGAAAAUACUAACAAAAAAAGAUGUGUCUGUAACAGACAGAGUUGCAUGAUCGAGAAUAGACAACUGAUAUUUUUACUUGUAUUAUGAAUGGUGUGACAGAACGGGUGUCACUUGGGGACUGCUUUCCUACUCAAAUUAACACAUUUUUAUGACAUGUAGUAUUCUUUUAACUUAUGAUGCCAGGUUUUUAGUGGCUAGACCUUCCAGAGUUUAUACUUAGUAUUCUCACCAACAAGCCAGAGGUCUGUGUCACUGCGAAAAUUACUAACAUCUUAACUUAGCAUAAACUUUAUAUCUUUUGUAUUCCAUCUGAAGACAUGGCUUAGAGCGUGUACGGAAGCCCACCUUAUAUAUGUCCACAAAAAAAGGUAUCCAAAAAAAAAAUUAAACGUGAUGCAUGUAUUUUUGUAAAAUUGCGCCUCAGAACAUAAGAAUUCUUCAUCAAUUUGCAUGCCCUGUGUGGAAGUAUCCCCUGGAACCUGAUUUCUAUCAACAUUUUUAUGAUUCUUAAUUUAUCUGUACAUUUAGUUUUUCAUUGCAUUGCCAGUGAUUGAAGUGUCUAACAAGAAGGAGAAAUGGUUUUCACCUUUUUGUCUAAAGUACAGGUUUACUUUGGACAAUCGCACAGUGGCCUUUAUCCGAUAAAAGUGGUGGAAGGCAGGACGUCCGUAAACCCCUGCACAAGAACAUGGAGCUGUGCCAUGUUCCACCAAAAUUCAAACGCUAAUCUACUCAAACCCAACAUUAAAAUCUAUUGCUUAGACUUCUUAAAGCUUUUCCAUAUGCUAACUACUGUUGCUAUGCUAACUUGACAAGCUAGUGGCACACUUGAUAGCAGAUAUAAUGAUACCAUAGAGUGCAAACGGUAAAAAUGCUUUAGAAAGUCUUCAAUUGGUUUAACUAGAGGUUGCCCAAAAACUAACCUCACUUUUGCACUUAGUAUUUAUUUGAGAAUAUUCUGUGAUAAAAAUAUAUAUCAUAUAAAAAAAAUGCAUACAUAUAUUUGUACUUACUAUUAAAAAAGACAAAUCUAUAUAAAAAUUAAACACAGAAAUUUUAUGGGGAAUCAAAAAGUGUAGCAAAAAACAGUCUCACUGACAAUGCGAAUAACUUAUCAGUGUGCUGUUCUCCUCUCCGUGUUGCCUCUCCUUCAUUUGCACAGACCCAGUAGCAUUAGACAGGUGAAAGCUCAGUAAAGCGGCUUCUGAACACCCCUCUAAGGAACUCUACAAAGCGAUUUAAAAAAUGAACAAAAAAACGAGAGAGCCAACGAAACCCUGCAAUACAUUAUCCAUUGAUCACACCCAACAUAGGGUUUGAAGUAAUCUAGCAAUGUACAUCAUUUGACCUGAUUUCACACAAAAAUAGAAAACGUACCAGUGGAAGGCCUGAGCAGCCACCUGCCUAUCAGAGCAAACCAUAACACAUGCGCUUUUUCAUGUUUUGAGACUGUAGUCCAAAUAAAACCAUUCAAUGUAUUCUAUGAAUACCUCAGCAAACAUAUUACUGUUUUAUUGUAAUAGAUAGAUAGAUAGAUAGAUAGAUAGAUAGAUAGAUAGAUAGAUAGAUAGAUAGAUAGAUAGAUAGAUAGAUAGACACAACAGUUUGAUACUCAGCGAAUCUCAAUUGCAGAACUGACACUGUGUAAGAUGAAGAGCGUUAAAAGCUGUGAACUGACUCGAAUUUUACAUUCAUCAUGUUUCUGAAACACGCACUCGUUCCUGUCCGUUGUUUUAUUUGUUGUGUUUUCUAUCGCAUGCAAUAAUUAAAGAGUUGGAAAAAAGUAAAGAAGAAAACCACCAAAAUCAUUAUUUUUAUCUGCAGGAUGUAUCAAUGAAAAAAGGGUUUUGUAUUUUCGUUCAAAUGUCGAGUUCAAUUGUGUGUUCUAUAGAUGUACAAACUAUGUCUGGCUAAUUCUGUUCUGUAUAGUUGUGAUCACAAACAGGGGUUUAUCUUGUACUGUAUAUCUACUCACUGGACAAUCAUACGUAGAAGAGACUGUAAAGAAAAUUAUAGUGAAGCGAUGAGGAGGGAGAAGCGGAAUAUUUUGGUGCUGGGUCAUCCUAGUCAUGCUAUGGAGUUAAGAGAAACGUUUUCUACGAAAAAAUGAUGGUUGCAUUACCUGUGCAUAUCCGGACAACCCGCCUUGGACAAAAUGUACAAAUAUAAAAAAGAGGUGGAAGAUAUCAGAAAUAAGUGGAACAGAUGUAUUCAUAAGAACAAAACAUUUGUUUGACUUGACCAGAAAGUCAUCGUCCUCUUUUUAAUCAUGGUUGAAUAUUUUUAUUCCCGCAACUAUUACUACUCAAUAUAGUGAUUAGAAAAAAGUACUCCAAAGUAUUUCGUAAUUUGUUUAGUGUGGUUUUUCCAUACUGUACCUGACACCAACACCUUAGAGGUCUAACACCGUGGAGGUUUAUUGAGACUGUUUCCUUUCUUUGUAUAACAAGUAAAUGGAGAUUCAAACAAAAACAUUUCAUUAAAAAGGCCGACUAAAAGGCUGCCAUGCAGACGUGAAACCGAAUAUAACAGAAGCCUGGGAAUUUAAAAACAAAAAAUGGCAAACUUUUAUAGGUUUUACUCAUGGCCAGUGCCCACAAUUUGCACACUGAAGAAGUGUGACAACAAUCACUAGACAUUUUUAAACAGAGGUGUACAGUAUGGAAUAUCCCUAAACUGACGUUGAAGAUGGAUGGAGCAGGAAAAAAAAGUAGACACUAAAACAAUUUACCUAUUUAAAAAAAAGCUCCAAAUCUAAAACUAGCUAGGUCUUAACAGAUUUGAAUCACUUUUGUAUUUUUGUAUAAAUAUGUAAAUAUGUUUUUGAAGGAAAAAUGUCGCAAAUUUUUUUCUUUUGUAAAAUAAAUUAAUAAAAAACAACAAAAAAAGUUCUUUUUCUCAAGUUUACAUAUUUGUUUCUAAGCCUUUGUAUGUUUGGGGACUGUUUCACACCUUUAGUCUUGUAUUGAUGAAUUUUAUUUUGAGGGAGAGACACUACGACAUUGUAAAAAAAAUCCAUUAUUCUAUAUUACUAAUUUCAACAGCUUACUGAGCUGAUAAAAACUGUGCAUAGAAAAAAAAUACCAAUAAAUGUGAUUGCAAUGGGA